AAGGAACUCUUCAAUGGGAUGGACAUGAAAUACAAGGCACUAGAACUUGACCUCCAAGAUGAUGGAGCAGAACUUCAAGAAGCCCUUUUAAAGUUGUCUGGACAGAAAACAGUUCCUAAUGUUUACAUUAAAGGAACUCAUAUAGGUGGAUGUGAUGAUACGUUUGCAGCUAAAUCAAAUGGAAAAAUAAAUCACCUUCUAAAUAUAAAGUCAUAUGAUUAUGAUCUCAUUGUGAUUGGUGGGGGUUCCGGAGGCCUUGCUGCUUCUAAGGAAGCAGCUGUACUGGGCAAGAAAGUAGCAGUUUGUGACUAUGUGAAACCAACCCCAAAGGGAACAACAUGGGGACUUGGUGGCACAUGUGUUAAUGUUGGUUGCAUUCCCAAGAAAUUAAUGCAUCAAGCAGCUAUUCUAGGUGAAUCAUUACAAGAUUCAAGACAUUAUGGCUGGGAGACUCCUGAAAGUGUCCAACACAGCUGGAGUCAAUUACGUGAUGCUGUCCAAGCCCAUGUAGGAUCUCUUAAUUGGGGAUACAAAGUAGCACUCAGGGAAAAAGAUGUUACUUACAUCAAUGGUUAUACAGCGUUUGUAGAUGCACAUACUAUCAAGACUGUGAAUAAGAAAGGUAAGGAACAGAUUUAUACAGCUGAGAGGUUCUUGAUAGCAACAGGAAUGAGACCACGCUAUCCUGACAUUCCAGGCUCCAUAGAAUACACCAUAACAAGUGAUGACCUCUUCUCAUUACCAUACAACCCUGGUAAGACGGUAUGUGUAGGAGCUUCCUAUGUAUCCUUAGAGUGUGCUGGAUUCCUAGCUGGUAUGGGUAAUGAUGUCACUGUCAUGGUUAGAUCUAUUCUACUUCGUGGCUUUGAUCAGGACAUGGCUGAAAAAAUUGGCAGCUAUAUGGAGAAGCACCAUGUCAACUUUAUCAGGAAAGCAGUACCUACAAAGAUUGAAAUGGUAAAGGACGGUCAGCCCCCAACCCUAAGGAUUCACUAUAAGAAGACAGAAAGUGGAGAUGAAUCAUCAAUUGAAUGCAAUACUAUUCUGAUGGCAAUAGGAAGAGAUGCCUGUACCACAGAUAUUGGACUUGAUAAGGCUGGUGUCAUCACCAAUAGCAAGAAUGGUAAGAUUCCAACUAUCAAUGAACAGACCAAUGUGCCACAUAUCUAUGCUGUAGGAGAUAUCCUUCAAGAUGGUCAUGAAUUAACACCAGUAGCCAUUGAAGCAGGCAAGCUUUUAGCUAGGAGACUCUACAAUAACAGCAAUCGUCAAUGUGACUAUGUGAAUGUACCUACAACAGUCUUUACUCCUCUUGAGUAUGGAAGCUGUGGUCUCCCAGAAGAAGAUGCUGUGGCCAAGUAUGGACAAGAGAACCUUGAAGUCUAUCACACGUACUUCCAGCCUUUAGAAUACACUGUGUCACAUAGAGAAGCGAAUGCUUGUUAUGCGAAGAUCAUCUGUGACAAGUCAAACAAUGAGAAAGUUGUAGGAUUCCAUGUUCUGGGACCAAAUGCUGGAGAGAUAACUCAAGGAUUUGCUGUAGCAAUGAAGGCAGGAGCAACAAAAGAACACUUUGAUUCAACUAUCGGUAUCCACCCUACAUGUGGUGAGCUUUUCACUACAAUGAAAGUAACAAAGAGUUCAGGUGAAGAUAUAACCCCAUCAGGCUGCUGAGGUUAAACCCUACCACUCUAGUUCCCUUCUAGUACUAAACUUGUCUGCCUCUAAGAGUUGCAAAACAUCUUUGCAUGAUAUACUUGACAUCUGUGUAUGCUGCUUAACAUUUUUUAUUAUUAGAAUAUUGCUAUAUUAUUAGUUUGUUAGGGUGAGUAAUUCUGUAGUCUUAAGAAUAUAUUUUUGUGCUAUUGAUUGCAAAAUGCAUUUAAUACUUGUGUGGAAAUUGAUUUGAUCUUUUUGUAGCUCACAUAUUUUGAUAUAUAAUAUCUUAGUAAUAACCUGUCUUCCUUAUAGUGUAAUUAUUUUAAUUUGUAGAUGAGACACAUGUGAAACAAAAAAAAAGAAGAAAAUCUUAAAAAGAAAAAAAAUUAACUUGAGCAAUAAUGUGUGCAAACUCUUGUGAAGUAUCAAUCUCUCAGAGGUAGACAAGAUGAAUAUUAGUUGGGUAUGAGUGGUGGGGUUACCUCGCUUUGUUUUCCUCAUGAAACUUCAUUGACUUCUGGAGCUGUAGCAAUGUUACUGCACAGCACUAUGAUGGCUUACUUUGUAAACCCGCAUCACGGAGCGAAGUCAGCUUGAUGUAUCCAGUCAUGGAGUUUCAAGUUUUUUGUAUCAACAUUUUAAUCCAGCUAUGAUACCGCUGUUUAAUUCAAGCAAGCCUUUUGUUUUGCAUCUUUUACACAUUCACUAUGUUACCAUGAAUUUCCUAGGUUUUAUUCCUUUAACCUCUCUUAUAACAAUAAAAUGUACUAUAGCUGGAUUUCAGUGUCAAAUUAUCAUGUUAUGGUGUUUUGAAGAUUUUUGCAAACUAUCCUCUUUGGAAUAAUCUCUCAAAAUUAUUUUCAGACCAAGUAAAAGAAUAUUUCAUAUGAUACAGAAAAGUUUUUAAUUCAGAUAUAUCAUUAUUUACUCACAGGUAUGACUUAAAUAUACUGCAUAGUGAUGUAAUCUAUGAAAGCAAGUAGUAGUUCAAAAACUUGUUUUCCAUAUAUUUUCAUUGUAUUUUAGGACAUUCUUGAGAAGAAUGAGCUCUAAUCAUUCAACCAUUUGCAAGUAUCAUCAUGUGGUUCUGAUAUAUGUAUUAUUGUAAACUUUUGAUAAAUCUAAUGUGCAGCUUUCUCAAAUUGUACUAACAAUAUGUUUUGUAUGGUAAAUACUGCAGUCACUAAUCAAUACAUUUUCCAGUUGAAUAUAAAUUAUCAUUAUUUUGUGAAUCUUUUUGUAUGAAAUCACUUGAAUUCUAUUCAUGAAAAAAAAUUGUUAGAAAAAGAAAAAUGAUGGAAGAAAGAUGAUGGUGUUGCUUGCCUAAUUAUAACAAUAUUUCUAUAGAGCAAUUUUACUAAAGAUAGUUAAAUUUUUGCACAUGGAUUCAUGACAUUUCAUCAGAACAUCUCCCUAUGGAACUAUAUCAUUGUAGGAACAAGGGAAUAGUUUGACAAGCUUACUCAAUAUAUAAAAAAAAAAUAGGGGUCUGGUUCACCCACAACACCUCAUAGGCACAUACUGGCAUCACAUGUUGCAUUUAUACUAGGAAAACUACUUUAUUUCCACUCUUCUAGUGUAUAUAUCAUAUGUUACAUACCAGUAAUGUAGGUUAAAGAAAGGAAGUUUUUAUAUCUGGAAGGCAUUUCAUCAACAAUUUUAUGUCUGAUAAGCAUAGGUGUCUGUUGCUAUGGAAUCUGUCAGAUAAUGACAACUUCUCAGUACCAACAGCUUUCAUGAAAUGGUCCACAAAUGUAUACUGUAUAUAGAUGAUGUUUGAGAGUUUGGGAGACAGGAAUGAGAAAUGAAAUCAUGUGCCUGUCUAAUGUGUGUGUGUGAAAAAUGAGAACCUUGUGAAUAACUGUCAACCAGGAUUUUAUUAAUAUAAAAAUUUGACCCAAAAUGACAUAUUUUCCCCUUGUCUUGUUUUGAUGGCUUUAAUUAACCCUAAUAGGACUUGGGGGCAUGAUACCCCCCCCCCCCCUUUAACAUUUUGUGCGCUCAUUCUGGAACGGGCAGAGAAAGUGCUGCAAAACGUUAUGACAUUUUCCUUUGAAGUCUUGCGUAACUUUUGAGACCAUUUUCAUGACAUACAGGUAUUGCAUCACAGUACCAUGUUACUUGUAACGGGACAAUGUGACGAAAAUUGCUCAUUUUUGUCUUGCCUGCAUAGCAGAGUGAGACUAUAGGCGCCGCUUUUCCGACGGCGGCGGCGUCAUCAACAUCAAAUCGUAACCAAAGGUUAAAGGUCAAGUCCACCCCAGAAAAAUGUUGAUUUGAAUACAAAGAGAAAAAUCAGACUAGCAUAACGCUGAAAAUUUCAUCAAAAUCGGAUGUGAAAUAAGAAAGUUAUGGCAUUUUAAAGUUUCGCUUGUUUUUCACAAAACAGUGAUAUGCACAACUCCGUGACAUGCAAAUGAGUCAGUCGAUGAUGUCCAUCACUCACUAUUUCUUUUGUUUUUUAUUGUUUGAAUUAUAUAAUAUUUUUUUACAAAUUUGACAAUACGGACCAACUUGACUGAACCAUAUAAUAUUAAACAAUGCUAAUUCCACGUGUUCAGGGAGGAAUUAAUUGUGUUUCUCUUGGCAAUGAGGAGAAAAUUAGAAUAUUUCACAUAAUAAAAUACAAAAGAAAUAGUGAGUGGAUGACAUCAUCAGUCUCCUCAUUUGCAUACUGACCAGGAUGUGCAUAUAACUGUUUUGUGAAAUUAAGCGAAACUUUAAAAUGUCAUAACUUUCUUAUUUAACAUUCGAUUUUGAUGAAAUUUUCAGUGUAAUGCUUGUUAGAUUUUUCUCUUUUUAUUCAAAUCAAUUUUUGGUUGGGGUGGACUUGUCCUUUAAGUUUUUGAAAUGACAGCAUAACUUAAAAAGUAUAUGGACCUAGUUCACAAAACUUAGACAUAAGUUUAAUCAAACAUUACUGAAAAUCCUCCCAGAGUUUCAGGUCACAUGACAGGUCAGAGGUCAUUUAGGGUCAAUGAACUUUGACCAUGUUGGGGAGUCAAUAUCGAAUUCUUAACCUAAGGUUAAGUUUUUUUAAAUAUCAUAACUCAGAAAGUAUGUGGACCUAGUUCAUGAAACUUGUCCAUAAGGGUAAUCAAAUAUUACUGAACAUCCUGCCUGAGAUUCAAGUCACAUGACCAAGUUCAAAGGUCAUUUAGGGUCAAUGAACUUUGGCCAAGUUGGGGGUAUUUGUUGAAUUACCAUCAUAACUGAAAGUUUAUGAAUCUAAUUUAUAAAACUUGGACAUAAGUUAAUCAAGUAUCACUGAACAUCCUGUGCGAGUUUAAGGUCACAUGACCAAGGUCAUUUAAGGUCAAUGAACUUUGGCCAUUUUGGGGGUAAUUUUACCAUCAUAACUCUGAAAUUGCAUUGGUCUAGUUCAUAAAACUUGGACAAAAGAGCAAUCAAGUAUCACUGAACACCCUGUGCGAGGUUCAGGUCACAUGAACAAGGUCAAAGGUCAUUAAGAUCAAUGAACUUUAGCCAUUUUGGAGGUAAUUAUUAAAAUACUGUCAUAACUUUCAAAGUUUAUGGAUAUAGUUUAUGAAUUGUGGACAUUAGGGUAAUCAAGUAUCACUGACAAGUCUUGGGUCACAUGAUCAGGGUCAUUCAUGGUCAAUGAACGUAGUAUUGUAUCAUUAUAUGAAUGGUGUUUUUUGUGAAUUAAUUAUUUUAUCGUAGUUUUCAAAGUCAGCACUGCUACUAUAUUGAAUCGCGUAAUCAUACCAAUGUGGUGAAUGAUAUUUGAUUUAUAAUAUAGUAGGCCUGUUGUACUACUGGAGUUGCUUUCUUUGAUAAAAACACCCAAUGGUGUGUUUGUUCAAUUUAAACUUGAAAGUUGUAUUGGAUUGAGGGUUGGCGAGUUAGCAAACUUGUGAUUACAACCUUAAAUUUUUUUUUACAAGAUAUCAAUAUCUGACAUUAGGAUAACAUGAAUUUAUCUUGUCCUGGUCAAUCAUAUUUGAAGAUCUAAUUAGUGAAUCAUAAGCUAGCUUGAGUAAUGUAUGCCAUUACAUUAGGUAAUACCUUAUUUCUCUCCAUCUAUGAAUAAAGAUUGAGCAUAAACAGCACUUGUCCAUUCUUUGUUUAUUAUCACUCCUUUAUUAGGCAGGAUAAUUAAAAUCAUUUUGUAUGUGUAAAUAUUUGAUUUACCCCUUGAACUAAAGACAUUGAUUUUGGCCUUUCUUAUUAGAUUCUGUAAAAAAUAGAAAAAGAAAGCAAUAUACAUGGAGAUUGUGUUUGUCAGUAGUAAUGAUUAUUUCUGAGAAAAAUUAGAUAUAUCAUACAGAUCUUUGACUUAAUCACUUGGUAAUGUGUACAAUAAUAUUUUAUGUAUCAUUUGAGUGUAGCAUUCUCAGACAUAAGUGAUCGUCACUCUGCUAUUUUCUUUGUUAUUUACUGCACACCCAUGAGGGGACAUUGAUGUGUAUUUUUUGUGAGAGAUAACAAAUUUAAAUUGUAAAUUUGCUUUAAGAAAGAUUAAAACUCUUUAAGAAGAGUUUAGACUGAAUGAUGAUGAUAAAAACUGAUAAUACAUAUAGUUAAUACUAUGUAUGAUAAA